UUGACUAUGUCCGAAGUUCGAUUUCCUCGGCAAAGACUAGUUUCGUUUCCUGUUUGAGAAGAGGAAGUUGAUUCUCUCAUUCGCGCGCGCGCUCUUCGCCUCUCUCUCUCUCUCUCUAGCUGGUCUCUUUCUCCGUCGCUUCUUCCAUACUCCGGCGAAGAUAAUUUCGGAAACUUAUAUUUGAAGAGUUAAAAGAGCGGAGAAUUUGAUGGUUAGAAAGGCGGAGACUUCACGUUGUCUUGUUUGCUUAGGAUGACCGGUUCUCUCUUUAGCGAUCGGAGAGUGUUUCUGAAUUUAGGUUUAACCUCUCUCAUGGAAUGGCUGAUCUCGUGAGCUACGGUAGUAUCGAACGAGACAUCGAACAGGCUCUAAUUGCGUUGAAGAAAGGUGCUCAACUCUUGAAGUAUGGUCGGAAAGGAAAGCCUAAGUUCUGUCCCUUUAGACUCUCCAAUGAUGAGACAGCUUUGAUCUGGAUCUCAAAUGGUGGUGAAAAACGUUUGAAGUUAUCUACUGUUUCUAAGAUUGUUCCUGGCCAAAGAACUGCUGUUUUCCAACGUUACCUUCGCCCUGACAAGGAUUAUUUAUCUUUCUCGCUCAUAUACUCCAACAGGAAGCGGACUCUUGACGUGAUUUGCAAGGAUAAAGUUGAGGCAGAGGUGUGGAUAGCUGGCCUAAAAGCUUUGAUAUCUGGUCAAGGUGGCCGUGCUAAGAUCGACGGCUGGAGUGACGGCCUCUCUAUUGCUGAUAGCAGAUUAGGCAGUCCUACCAACAGCUCCGUUUGUGCUUCUCGAGAUUUCAACAGUGUUGACACUCCUUACAGUUCAAACCCUUUUUCAAAGUCUAUCAGAACUGAGAACUCCGUCAGUUCUGAAAGGUCACAUGUGGUAUCAGGUAGCCCAAAUAUGUCAGUACGAGGACCUUCAACAGACGUGUUCCGGGUUAGUGUCUCUAGUGCUCAAAGCACAUCAAGUCAUGGUUCUGGUCCAGAUGAACGUGAUGCUCUAGGUGAUGUUUAUGUAUGGGGUGAAGUUCCAUCUGAUAAUGCUGUUAAUGUCAGGGCUGAUCAGAAUAUUAGUUGUGUUGGUUCAAAGUCUAAUGUUCUGGUUCCAAAGCCGUUGGAGUCCAAUGUGGUUUUGGAUGUCCAUCAAAUAGCAUGUGGUGUUAAGCAUGCUGCUCUAGUGUCUAGGCAAGGUGAGGUGUUUACAUGGGGUGAAGAAUCCGGAGGACGUCUUGGCCAUGGAAUGGGGAAAGACGUUACUGGGCCACAGCUUAUUGAGUCUCUAGCUGGUUCUAGUAUCGACUUUGUUGCCUGUGGUGAGUUCCAUACAUGCGCUGUUACAAUAACCGGAGAGAUCUACACAUGGGGUGAUGGAACGCACAAUGCAGGACUUCUUGGCCAUAAAACUGAUGUAAGUCACUGGAUACCUAAGAGAAUAUCAGGUCCUCUUGAAGGUCUUCGAAUUGCUUCAGUGUCCUGUGGACCGUGGCACACUGCUUUGAUAACAUCAACGGGACAACUUUUCACUUUUGGAGAUGGGACGUUUGGUGUGUUAGGACAUGGUGACAGGGAGACUGUGUUUUACCCGAGGGAAGUCAAGUCUUUAUCUGGUUUGAAGACUAUUGCUGUCGCGUGUGGUGUAUGGCAUGCUGCUGCAGUGGUGGAAGUCAUUGUGACUCAGUCAAGUUCAAGUGUUUCAUCAGGAAAGCUGUUCACAUGGGGUGAUGGUGACAAGGGCCGUCUUGGUCAUGCAGAUAAAGAGCCUCGGCUUAAACCCACAUGUGUCUCAGCUCUUAUAGACAAUGAUUUUCACAAAGUUGCAUGUGCACAUAGUUUAACAGUUGGUUUGACCACAUCGGGAAAGGUUUUCACGAUGGGUAGCACAGUUUAUGGUCAACUAGGGAAUCCCACUGCUGAUGGGAAGCUUCCUUGCUUAGUAGAGAAACUAAGUAAUGAUUGUGUUGAAGAAGUAGCAUGUGGAGCUUAUCAUGUAGCAGUUUUAACAUCUCGGAAUGAAGUGUUUACAUGGGGCAAAGGUGCCAACGGGAGACUAGGUCAUGGAGAUAUGGAGGACCGUAACGCACCAACUCUUGUUGAUGGUUUGAAAGAGAGACAUGUGAAAUACAUUGCAUGUGGUGCAAACUUUACAGCAGCAAUAUGCCUCCAUAAGUGGGCUUCUGGUGCUGAGCAAACUCAAUGUUCAGCUUGUAAGCAGGCUUUUGGAUUCACAAAGAAAAGUCACAACUGUUACAACUGUGGUCUUGUCCACUGCCAUUCAUGCAGUUCCAAGAAAUCACUGAAAGCUUCUAUGGCUCCUAAUCCAGGAAAGCCUUAUCGUGUCUGCGACACAUGCUAUUCCAAACUGAGUAAAGUGUCAGAAGCUAGUGUUAUGCCACGCCUUUCCGGUGAAAACAAGGACAGAUUGGAUAAAGCUGAGCUGCGACUGGCUAAAUCAGGAAUACCUUCAAAGAUAGAAAUGAUCAAGCAGCUAGAUAACAGGGCAGCUAGACAAGGAAAGAAGGGGGACACGUUCUCUCUUGUCCGGACUUCUCAAACGCCUUUAUUACAGCUCAAGGAUGUUUUUAGUAAUGUGGCUGACUUACGGCGUGUGCCACCAAAACCAGUAGUAACUCCAUCUGCAGGUAGCUCCAGAUCUGUGUCACCUUUCUCAAGGAAAUCUAGUCCUACUCGUUCAGUCACUCCCAUUCCUUCGGCCGCUGGUCUUGCCUUUUCAACUAGUAUAACUGAGAGUUUGAAGAAGACUAAUGAACUUCUGAAUCAAGAAGUGGUCAAGUUACGUGCUCAGGCUGAGAGCUUGAAGAAGAGAUGUGAGUUCCAAGAAUUUGAAGUCCAGAAGUCUCUGAAGAAAGCACAGGAAGCAAUGAAACUGGCAUCAGAGGAAACUGCCAAAUCAGAAGCUGCAAAAGAAGUUAUAAAAUCUCUUGCAACACAGCUGAAGGAUAUAGUGAAGCUACUACCACCUGGUGCUUACGAAACUGAGAUCACAAAGACUGCUAGUUUGCUGAACGGGGUUGAACAAAACGGGUUUCACUUUGCUAAUGCCAAGGGACAGCGUUCAUCACGUUCUUAUUCAAUGAGCGAGAGCUCUCUUGCAUCGCCUUUGACCCCUCCCUCACGUUCGGUGGCUGGACAUUGGCGAAGCUCCCCGUCACCAAGAAAGACAGAUGCAAGCAGAGAUGAACUUCAAAGCGACGGUGUUCGAAUCAGUAAUGGUUUCUCAGAGGAUGGUGACACUCGCAGAAACUCAAGAAGCUCAGUAGCAACAUCAAAUGCUUCUCAAGUGGAGGCAGAGUGGAUCGAACAGUAUGAGCCUGGUGUUUACAUCACACUUCUGGCCUUAGGAGAUGGAACCAGAGAUCUCAAACGUGUGCGCUUUAGCCGGAGGAGAUUCAAGGAGCAACAAGCAGAGGCAUGGUGGACAGAGAACCGUGAAAGAGUAUAUGAAAAGUAUAACAUUCGUGGUACGGAUAGACCAAGUGUGCAAUCACAGUUCCAGACAUGAUCAAAAGCAAAGGCAUAGGAAGCAGAUUUUGAACUGUAUAUUCUAGAGAAUUUCUAUCAUGUUAUUUACAAAAGAGUUUGUCGUGAGUUUGAUGAUUUUUUUUUAUUUUGUACUAAUCGAUUCCAAUCUGAUUAAUGUGUAAACCGUAAGCUAACUUCAUGAUGUUUAGGGUUUUCUUUACUACACUGCACUCAGUUUCCGUUGCUAGUAUCAUUGUUUUG